GUGAAUUUAAUCUUUAUUCCGAAUAUUUACAAAAUAACAUCAAAUAAACAGAGUUAUUUGUUCAUAUUUUGAUGAUAACCAGCGACUAAUUCCUUCGUCAUUAUUCAGUAAUUGUCUUUGGCAAAAGACAGCAUUAGACAUAAAUGAACAUGAAGCGGCAAGUCUGCGCUAACAGAUCUUCUUCUGAUGAACCUGAAGCAAACCAAGUGAAUGAAAGCAAAAGAAUCAAACUUGCCCAUAUCAAGCAAGAUGAAACUGCAGCAGAAAACAUAAAACUUGAGGAAGGUACCGAUGAAUGUGUUUUUGAAGACCAUAUUGAUGAAUCUGCUGAAAACAAUCAACAGCAUAACUAUGAAGGAGACACUGAUGUAGGGGAUCGAGAUUCUCCUCCUCCUCCUGACACUUGGCAGUAUGGUUACGAUGGAAAUGAUUUCAGAAGCUCUCAAGAUAUUCCCAUGAACAAUGCGGUAGAUUAUUCAGAUUGCAAACCCCAAGAGGAUUCAAUGCAAGAUGCCUUGCCUAUUCUUGAAAACUAUUCACUUAUUGUUCACCAAGAGAAUGGAAAUUUUGAUGAAUCUCAUGAAAAUGGUGUACACAUGGCAGAAGGAGAAAAUGGUCAUGAACAAGAUUCAGUUAGUGAGAAGCGACUGACUAGAAGUGCUCGGAAAAAUGCAGCAAAUGAAAAGAGUUCCUUCUCGCCGACUACAAGUUUACAGCCCCCAAAUAUAAUGCAUUCGGAUAGUCUUCCAGAGUUGGUUAAAAUUCAAGAAGGAAAUGACUCGGGGAACCAUGUGGAUCAUGAAAUCGCAAAUGGCAAUGGAUCAUCUCCGGAUAUAUCUGGUCAGAAUAAUUCUUGUCAGUUAGAAGAUACGGAAAAGGAAAGUGAUGUGUGUAAUUCUAGUCCUUCUAAGAAUGCUAAACGGAACUUAGACUCUGAUUUUAACUUAAAUGGUAAGCAGAACUUUGAUGUAGAAAAUUUAACAUUAUCCUACUUGGAAGCUACUGUUUUAGAAGGGCAUGCAGAUGUUGUCUACUCGGUUGCUGCUGAUGAAGAUAUUGUGUUAUCUUCUAGUGGUGAUACUACUGUAAAAGUUUGGAGUGUUGAGGAGAAAAAGGAAAUAUGUAGUUUUGCCGGACAUACGAAUGCAGUUACGUCAAUUAUUCUACUUACUAAGAAGCAGUCAGAAAAUCUAUGUUCCAAGUUAAAUUUACCAAAUUCUAGGAUUGCAGUGAGUGCAUCCUUGGAUUGUCAUGUAAAAUUAUGGUCUGUAGAUUUAGGUCAAGAAGUGCUAUCUUUAUAUACUUUUAAUGGUAUUACUUCAAUUGGUUAUUUAGAAUCCGAACAUUGUGUUGUAGUUGGUACAGAAGGCGGUAAGCUGGAGGUUUGGAAUUUAGAAUCAUCUAAAGCUAUUCAUUCUGUUCGUGCCCAUGAAGAUUCUAUUUCAGAUCUGAAAGUAGAAGAAAAUUAUGUGUAUUCUGCAUCAGUUGAUGGCACAGUUAAAGUUUGGCUGUUUGAAGAAGACGAUUUGCAGCCUCUGUAUACCAGAAGGCGAAAGGAAUUGUGUUCAAAUAAAAUAGAUUUUGCACCGACGCAGUGGAAAGCUGUGACUGCUUUUAACAAUAUUUUAUACUUGGGAGAUAAUUCUAAUAAUUUGAAAGUGUUGGACUGGAGUAUAGGGCAUCUUAGAACAUACAAGAAUUUAAUAGAUGGUAGUGGACUUUGCGAAAGUGUAUUAGCUAAAAACAACAUUUUAUUAAGCUCAUUCUAUGAUUCAACUUCAGACAUAGGAGGAAUAAAUGUUUGGCGUAUACCAGAACUAAGUUAUGUGUGCACAUUAACUGGAAAUGUUCAAGAAAUAUGCAGUUUAGCUCUCACUGCUACUGAAAAAUCUCUUCGCAUUGUUAGUGGAGGACAUCAACUACUUGUGUGGGAUUUUGAUUUUUCAAGGCCCCCAAAGAAAAAUGCGAAAGAGGAAGGAUUCUAUGUUUGUGAGAUUGAAAAGAUUGGCUCUGAAAUCAAUGAGAAGCCAUCAAGUAUGGAUAAAUUAGCUUCACCUUCAAAAAGUACCACUGUCGGUGAAAUUCCAGCUAGCAAAACAUCAUGGUGCAAUGUAAUGUGAAAUCUAUUUUGCUGUUUUAUUCCUUUAGAAUUUUUUUAACCCAUGAUGUCAUGGUAGAGCUAACACUGAAAAGCUUACAUAUUCAUCGAUUUUAAAUGGUUAUUUUUUCGUCAGGGUUGUUUUAAUCGCAUUAUCAUUUUUCACUCAAGGAGAAAAUUAUUUCUUGUACUUGCAAGAUUAUAGCAUUUAAAAAUGAAUUUUAAGAGUACAGUACAAAUCUAUAAUGCUGCAAGAAAAUAGUGUUGCAAAACAAAUAGCUAAAGCUUUUAAUAUUGGAAAUUGUUUUAAAAGAUUUUUUUUCUUUCUAUUUUAGAAAGAGUUUUAGAUUUUAAUGUAAUAUUCAUUUGGACGUUUUAAAGUUCUCAUGUCACACUUUUUUUCUUUUCUUUCUUUUCAAUUUUAUGUGCUUUUUUUUAAUUAUUAUUAUUAUUUUUUUUUUUAAUGUUAAAGACUUUCCCAAUAGCCAUACAAUUAGAUUUUCCUAGUACAACAUUGAAAAUUUUCCUUUGAGAAUGUAAAUAAGUGUUUGUCAAAAUAGAAUUUUCGACAAAUUAUUCUAUUUCAUAAUUCUUUUAUUUUUAUGGAGCAGUACUUUCUAUAGAUAAAAGUAGUGCUUUUUAAAGGAAGAGGAACAAUGUAUGGUGGUAUCAAUAAAUGAAAAGUACACAUAUACUAAGGAGUAUUACAUUAUUUUUUGUGUUUAAAAUUGACUUCAGAUAAUUGCAUAAUAUUUCGAAAUAUAUAGACUUUUUUUUUAAAUCCAUGUCUUUUACUUUUCAAAAGAAAGUUUGCUAUAAAGAUAUGAGCCAUAAUGAAGGGGACAGGUUGAAAUUUGUUGUAUGUUUAAAGAAAUUUUUCUGUGCAUUUAACUCUAUACUGUUGAGAUGCAAUUUACUUCUUCUUUUCUCUGAAUUUAAAAUUCAAAGAGGAGCAAAAUUUUCAAAUUAUUAUUUGCAAGUAAUACUUAUUAUGCCAUUGUUCAAUUUCCUUCGUUAUACUCCACACCUUUGUGAAAUGUUUAUGAUUACAGUCUUAUUAAAUGUUUGCAUUCAUAAAACUUUGCAAAAUUCAGUUUCCUUUUGCUGUAUGUGAUGUUUUUUAAAAAUUGUAUAACAAUAUUUACUUAGGUAGCAAAAUACUUUUUUAAUUCUCUGUAAUUCAAACAUUUAGAAGCAUGAUUCAAAUUAAAACAAACUGUGCACUAAACCAUAUUAUGUUUCAAUAACAAGAGAAUCUAAAUUUCAGUAUUGUUGAGUGCAAUUUUAUGAACAGUAAGCUCAAUUGUCAAAAAAUAGUUUUAGAUAUUGUUUGUGAUUUAAAUUUUUGAUUUAUACUCUGCAAACAUACCGGUAUAUAAAAGUUUUGAAAAGUGAUAUUCAGUAGUACUACAAAGUGAAACCUACAAUGAAAAUGUUUCACACCUUAUCAUUUGUAGAACUUGUUGAAUUUUAUUUAAAAAAAUAUUUUUAAUAAAAAGCAUCAAUUUAGGAAUGUGGAUGCACAAAUAAAUU